AUGUUUCACAUAUCCGUCUUACUGAUUGUUAAAGUUGCUUUUAUCGCUGCACAGAACUGUUCUCACAGGAUUUACAAUAUCAUUACAACAGGUGGUUCGUCUUUACAUCCAGAUGAAAUCAUAUCAAGUCAUACCGUGAACUCAGGGAUUGUGCCGAUAGAAUGUUACGAACUCUGCCAAAAAGAACCGAAAUGUGUUGGAUACAACUAUAGAGAAACGAUCAAUGUUGUGAACUGCCAACUGACCAAAUUCACAGAAAAGAAAAAUGAUAUCGUAAUGACCGGAGAAUGGAUGUUAAUGCUCGAUGAAAAAGCGCCAAAAUAUUAUAAGGAGGAACAGAGAAAAAAUGACAGUGUAAAAUCAGUUACAUGCAUCUUGAUAGAUACCGGCUCCAGCUGUUCAAAUCUGUAUAACAAAGGAGUGAGAACAGAUGGUGUUUAUACCAUCGAUCCUGACGGCCAAGGAUCGUUUCAAGUCAGUUGUGAUAUGAGCACAGACGGUGGAGGCUGGACCGUGUUCCAAAGAAGACAAGAUGGAAGUCAAAAUUUCUUCCUUGGAUGGUCAGACUAUAAAACAGGCUUUGGUAAUUUGAGCGGCGAGUUCUGGUUGGGCCUUGAUAAAAUACAUCGUUUGACGAAAUCUGGCCAAAAUGUUCUAAGAGUUGAUUUGAUGGAUUUCAAGAGCACUGAAAGUUUCGCCAAAUUUGAAACAUUUAAUGUGACUGAUGAAUCAGACAAAUACAGAUUGACAAUUGGAAAUUAUUCAGGUGAUGCAGGUGAUUCCCUUGAUGUUCACAAUCAAAUGCAGUUUUCUACUAAGGAUAGCGACAAUGAUGUUUCUGGUAAUAAUAAUAACUGUGCUAUGAACUACGAAGGUGCUUGGUGGUACGAGAACUGUUAUCAUUCCAACCUCAAUGGCAAGUACCUGGGUGCAGAUGAUGAUAGUGGCAGCGGAAUAAAAUGGCUCUCUUGGAACGUUUAUUCAAUGCAAAAGGCGGAGAUGAAAAUUCGGCCAAACCCGCUUUAAGAAUUUCCUACACAAUCGUGAAGGAAAAGACAUUGAUUUGUUCCUUUCUCAUUCAAACUGCAUAAUGAUAUAGAAGUAAUACUAUACUGAUAACAAUAUAAUUUGCAAGCCAUAAAUAUGUUUUGACUU